AUGCGCGACUGCCUGAGCAGCUGCCCCAAAACCCUCUACAAUGACACCAAAGCCCAGAAACCCCAGAAACCCCAGAAACCCAAACGCAAACCGGAGACAGCCCUCAAAACCCAGCCUGACAAACGCCCCUGCCUUGCUACGUCCCUGCUAAUCGCCCCUCCCAUGCCGGCUGUCGAUGACGAUGCCCGCCGGGCAGAGAACUAUCAGCAGCUGGCAGCAACAAUCAAGGAGCGGGGCCUCUUCACCAGCAAGGCCUUGCCGGGGGACUUUCUCUUCUUCCUGCCCGACUUUAAGGAGGGGGACAACGGAUUCCAGCUCGUCGAACCAAGCCUUGAGAAGAGGCAAUUCCCCAAAGCCGUGAUCCUGGGGUGCGCAACAACAACCAAUGGGCUCGGGAUCCUGAGGUGUCCCUCCUGCUCGGGCGCCACCUGCAUUCAUGUCUGCGUGCUGCAACAGCUCGUGGACGUGAAAGGGCUCACAGCCCCCGUCAGCGAGAGGGAACUGCCGCCCGAGGCAAAAUCGGAAAAGGGAAAAGCCAAGAAACAGCAGCAGUCCGAGCCGGAAGGGAAGCAAGAUAAGGCAAAGCCGCUGUCCGAAUUGGGUUUCAAGGCAGCUGGUGAUUACUGGGCGGUCCAGCUGAAAGGGGAGAAGAAGUGGGUCCUGUGUGGGAAGAAAGCGGACGAUACCUGGGCCUGUCAGCUGUGCAGAGGGGCGGAGAAGUGCCGUCACAUCUGCAAGGCCGCCAAGCUCACCUACACGCCUCCGGUCGUCACGAAGAG